AUGAUAAGAGAGAGCACCCGUCACCCAAACCAAAAAAAAAAAAAAAAAAANCUCGUUCUCUCUCUCGUUGGUGCUGUCAUCUGGAUCAUUGGGACAAUAUUGAGUUGUUUGUGCCCAUGUUGCUUCUGUUUCGCUGCGCUGGCCAACUUCGCUGUGUCUCUCAUCAAACUUCCUGUCAAUGUCCUCCGUUGGUUUACCCACUCCAUUCCUUGUUAACAGCCAGAAGAAACAAGAACACUUCUUUCAUCUUAUUUUUAUUAUUAAUGUUCUUCCUAUUUGUUUUUUUGUUUUUUGUUUUUUAAAUUAUUUACUAAUUAUUAUUUCUUUCAUUCCUUCUUCUUGUGAUUAUGUGUAAUUUUCUCUUUGUUUUUUAAAAAUUAAAAAAUAAAUUAGUUAACUGCUUAA